AUGACGCGCGUCUUCCUCCCAUGCACCGACGUCCUGACCUACUCACUCCCUCAUGAGCUCGAGUUGAAGGCGACUGCUCAAAGCCAAGCUUCGGAAACUCGCGGCCCCGCACGGAACCAGAACAAGAGACGAUCGGCGACAGCGAUGGCGUUGAACGAGAAGAGCAAUGGGGUUGUGCGCGAUCAGGCGCAACAGGGAGCGACAAAUCCUGUGCAGAACGAGAAGACAAACAGUCCCUCGAUUGGCCAUUCCGAUAUAUCCCAAAAGCAGGAAACACUCAGGCCUGAUAGCAGCAAUGAUGGCACCGACAGCAAUUCGCUUGAUAAGGCUAAAGAGAAGGGACCGUCAGGUGGAUUCGAUCGUACUCCAAUCCCACGUCGGCCAGCCGGCUACACGAUCAGGAUCAAGGUGCAUCGCGCCACGAACUUGCCCAUGGCAGACAUCAACGGCUUCUCCUCGGACCCGUACUGCCUGGCGCAGUUGAAUACCGACACACCCAUGCGGCACAAUGAGGACCCCAAGUUGCGAUGGAGAAGCUCAACCGUGCGUAAAGACACAGAGCCAGUAUGGAACGAAGAAUGGAUCGUUGCAAAUGUGCCUGCGUCUGGCUUCAAGCUCAAAAUGCGUGUGAUGGACGAGGACCCUGCAGACAAGGACGAUAUGCUUGGGAGAGUGCACAUUCAUGUUCCUUCUCUUGACGAGAGCUGGGAAGGCAUCGACAACCAAGGUUACRAGCUGAUGGCGUACGGUGGCAGUGUCAGAGCGUAUAUGCUGCAGGCAGUGUCAACUUGUUUUAGGGAAAACAAACACUUCCGCGGCCACAUCUACGUCAGCAUCUCAAUGCUGGGUCGUACGAAAGAGGAUGGGCAGAAUGGUCGGCUGUAUACCGUCGGACCGUGUAGAUGGAUCCGCCAUUUCAGUCCCAUGCUCGGCCGCCUCACCAACACCAAAGCGCCAGACGAGCAAGAACCGGGAGAGAGCAUGGGUGGAGAGCAGAAGAAGGAGGUUCAGCGAUAUAAUUUCCAAGCUUGUCAGUUGCAGCUUGAAGGACCUGUGCCGGCGGAGCUCUACCAUCGCUUUGUGGAAUUCAAACCUUGGGUUGGUAGAAUGUUCACAAGCAAAGGAAUUAGCGGUGUCAUCAUGGGAUCAGCACUACGCCACCAACACACUCGUGUCUACAACUUUGGGAGAUCUACACUUUGGGGACAACCGCGUGCCAAGUCCGAUAACAUGACCAGACAGUUUCUCGAUCUCGUACAUUGGGAUCACGGCGGCCGCAUAUUUACCUAUGUCCUCACAUUGGAUGCCCUGUGGAGGUUCACCGAGACUGGCAAAGAGUUUGGAAUUGACAUGUUGAGCAAACACACCAUGCACAGUGAUGUCAGCGUUUACAUUGCCUACUCAGGCGAAUUCUUCAUCCGAAGACUCAAACACCCCAAGCGCCCUCCUCCACCAGAGCCUGCGGAGGAGUCCAGCCAGUCACAUCCACCACCGCACGAGCAGAACGAUGAGCAUCCUCCAGCGGAUCUUGWAGAAGAUGGCUCUCAGGAUCAUGAUCAUGACCCAAGAUACUAUGAGCUUGUCAUCGACAAUGACAGCGGGACAUACCGACCAGAAGCCACGAUGCUCCCUGUCUUGAAAAGGUUCCUGGCAGAGCAGCUUCCUGGCUUGCACAUUUUGACCCUGGAUUGCAACAAAGAUGCCGAGAAGCAGCAGAAGAUGAAGAAGGAGCAGCGCGAGCGAAAGCAGCGUGAGGGCGAAGGUAUUAUCUAUACACAGGGCAACAGGUCCUCGUCUUCAAUUUCAUCCUCGGACGAGGAAGAGCUGGAUAUGAUCCAGGCUGGCUUGGCUGAUGAAGAGGCUGUUGCGAGAGAGCAUGGCACUUUUAGCCAGGCUGCCAAAGACGUGAAAUUGAGGAACAAGUCUAGGAUGGAGAAGGCCAAGCGAAGCUAUCUGCCUCAUCAACCGGCAGCGGACACYGCGCACUAG